CUACGCAAAUCACAAUUUUUGUUUAUAGUAGUGAACAUGAAUGACUUCCGUACAAAACUAACAGUCUAGCAGCAACUACUUCAAAAGAAAACAAUCAUUUCAAGGCUAUAAAAUAAUUAUCAUAUUUUGAAAAGGGAACUGCCAUACGAGUUUGUAAAAGUAGGAUGAUUAUCAUUUUAAACGCAACAGAUUAAAUUUAGGUUAGGAUGAAAAGCAAAUUGAUUUCUAAAGUGAAAUAAAGUUACGCAAUAUCUUCAUGAUUUACCUUUUCAAGUUUCAUUUGAAGAAAAACUCACAAGAAUCUACAAAAAUAGUUCAUCAGACAUUUUUACAGAGUACAGAUUCCUAGAUUUCAUAACCUGUCGAAACUUUGGUCUCAAAAUCUCAAAACAAACUACAGUUUUCAAACGAAUCAGCUGAUAUAUUUAUAGGUUAUGUUCUAAGAGCAGACAGCUUUCGGAUUUGUUGUGCCUAUUUUAUAGGUUAGUUUCAGUAGAACAACGUGCUCAUCUGCUUAUUUACUGUAUUUGAAGAGUAAUUUAUAAAUUAUCAUCGUUUUAAAAUGCCACAGGGAAAACUAAAAGUAAAAACUAACGUUCCAACUGCCUCAAAGAAGAAAAACAAAAGCAAAGGUCCUUCAAUAUCUCGUAAAAAUCACCCCAUCGCACCGAAAAAGAAUAAAAUAACGGAGAUACAAAAACUGAAAUCGACCAUCUCGAAGAAUGUGAACCGAUCACUGGAAGAGGAAAUCAGGAAAGUGGCACAUGAUGAUCUGAAGCCAGUAUUAUCUAAAAAGAAAAACCAAGCUGCCCAGAGUACUAAAUGAUCAACUGUUUGGUUUCACUUUGAUUUGUUGUAGAAUUUUAUGGUUUGUAAAUAAAUUUUAUUCUUCAAUA